AUUAUAUAAUAGAUGUAAGCAGCACUCCCCCAUUUGACUAAAGGAAGCAUUGACAUAAGCGUAUGCCCACGUGGUAUGUGUGUGGGUGUGCACAUUUGUACAGUUAUUUGUUUAAUUUUUCUUCGCACUUUUUAUUGUUGUGGCCACACAAGGCUAGUGACUAUGGCAGCUAGCGAAAGUAGCGCUCGACCGACGCGGCGUCGGAAGGCGCUAACCAAGCCAAAUAUCCUUGCGUACGGCAGCGUGGUCAGCUCAGUUCGUGUCACGAUUUUAGCGUAGCCACAACAAUGUCGCUGAUUGUCGCACGCGCCAAAUAACUUUGCCAAUUAUCGAUUUUCACUUAAUAAUUUUGACUGGUGGCCAUUAAAAAUCGCAAACAAACCGUCCGAACUAUGCUCUAUGGGCGAGCAUUUCGAGUUUCGGUGGAUUAGCGCACACUUAAAAAUCGAAGUUCAUUGUGUGCCGAUGUGUAAUAGAAUCUCAAAACGGAGCAUAUAAAGUUAUUUUGAAAUAUUUUGAAAGACCAGUGACAGUGUUUGCCGCACACAUUGUUGUUCUAUGAGUAUGCUGGGUUUCGUGUAUCUCUUCUUGAUACUCGGCUGGAUUCUGAUUGUGUUGUUUCUCAAGUGCAAAAAGUCGAUCACACCACAUUUCGCCUUCACCGAGCACUACACGGACGCAAUAGCGGCGGGUCGUCGGCCAUCAGUUCAUAUCAUAGAAUUACCACCAGACGAAAUGGAUAACGAAGAACAAUUUUUAGACUCAUAUCAUCAGCAGAGUAACAGCUUGCGAAGGCAUUCGAAUCGUUCGCAACGUUCGACGCUGCCCGAUGAGCGCAUUAUAGAAACCACAUAUCCCACAGAUGCGGUUGUGAAUCCAGCGUAUAUGCACGACGAGGAAUACAUCAUCAAUGAUAAUUCCACACAAUAUGCACAAACACAAGUAAACUCACGGGUGGAAACGCCACCACCUUCAUAUGAGGAAGUUAUGCGCCAACCGGAGGUGUAUCCCAAAGUACACCAAAGCACGAGUAAAGUGAGUGACGCUAAUAUUUAAGACCCACCGUCGCGCUGCAUCCCUCCGGUUUCUCUUUUACUAGACGGACAGUGUGUGCGCUCGACAAAGUUAUGGGUUACCUCUGUGCGUUGAGUGUGGUGCGAAUCUAAAACGCGUGGUACAUGUGCCUGCAUAUACAUACAUACACAUAUGUGCACAUGAGUGUACAUAGAACCUUCAGCUGUGAUUUUAUACAUAAUAUAAUACAAGUUUAAAUUUUUAUAAAUGUCAAAUGUGGUUUAAAUAUAUAUAAUAAAUGGUAAUGAAGUCUGCAUUGAUCCGUCUAAGAUCCGCUUGCGAGAGAGAGAAAUACGUGUAAAUGAAAGAUUAGUUGUCGCUUGUAAAAUAUUUUUUUAUUUAUUUGUAUCAACUUUAUCCACUAAGAAACUUAA